AGUCUCCGGUUUCUGCACCUACCAUCAGUCAGCCAAUCAGAGUCUGCAUAAGGCCCCUGCGGACGCUAAUUGGUACCCGCCGCCUGCACAGCAGCCCGGGUUCUGUGCCCCGGUUUGGACACCCUAGCUCCAGCUAGGAGAGGGUGCGCGAGCCUGCAUUGCUGUGGCCUCUAGGGUACCUCGGGAUUGCCCCCAAGCGCUUUUUCCGAGACAAGCAUCUUGCGGCCCUGGCAACCCGCUCUCCCCGGGGUCACAGGCCAGAGCAAUCAACCCCCAAGUUCCGAUGGGCCCCACAGGGGGCGCGGCGAGGCCCGGGCGCUUCUUCGGCGUCUACCUGCUCUACUGCCUGAACCCUCGGCACCGGGGCCGCGUCUACGUGGGGUUCACGGUCAACCCUGCUCGUCGGGUGCAGCAGCACAACGGGGGCCGCAAAAAAGGCGGGGCCUGGCGGACCAGUGGACGCGGGCCCUGGGAGAUGGUGCUCAUCGUACACGGCUUCCCCUCCGCAGUGGCCGCCCUUCGGUUCGAGUGGGCCUGGCAGCACCCGCAGGCCUCGCGCCGCCUGGCGCACGUGGGUCCGCGCCUGCGCGGUGAGGCCGCCUUCGCCUUCCACCUGCGCGUGCUGGCGCACAUGCUGAGCGCGCCGCCCUGGGCGCGCCUCCCGCUCACCUUGCGCUGGCUGCGCGCCGACUUCCGCCAGGAUCUCUGCCCGCCGCCGCCGCCUCACGUGCCGCUGGCCUUCGGGCCUCCGCCGCCCCGGGCCUCGGCCCCGAGGCGCCGCGCGGCUGACACCGAGUCCGAGCUGGAGCACGACGCCGAGACCCGCUGCACCCUGUGCGCGCGCGUGCUCCAGGAUGAAGAAGACCCCCUGUGUUGCCCCCACCCUGGCUGCUCCCUGAGGGCCCAUGUGAUCUGCCUGGCAGAGGAGUUCCUGCAGGAGGAGCCAGGGCAGCUUCUGCCCCUAGAGGGCCAAUGCCCUGGCUGUAAGAACUCACUGCUGUGGGGAGACCUGAUCUGGCUGUGCCGGAUGGGCACCGAGGAGGAAGAGGAGGACUCGGAAUUAGAAGAGGAACACUGGACCGACAUGCUGGAGAUCUGAUCCUCAGCGUCCCCAACCUCUGCCCACUCCUUUUCUGUGCCACGCCCUGUGGGUCUGGGCAGUUUUUACUUGAGUACAAUAAAAAGUCUGAGUUAAGGUA